AUGGUCACUGUGGUACAGCUGACAGCAAAACGGCAAGUAUGUUUGAGAGUUAUUCCCGUGAAAGUGUCUAGCAGAGACAAUUCGCGAGAAAAAAUCACCUAUGCCAUACGGGACGAAGGUUCCAACACAACAUUGGUUAAAGAGAGUUUGGUGAAUGAGCUCGGAUUGGAAGGUCAACCUCUUGAUUUUAAACUAACGACCAUGAACAAGGUUUCUCAAGAGUCUGGGAAGUCGCAUUUUCUCUAUGUGCAAGGUCUUGGCCAAAACGAUUGCUUAGAAAUUCCUAAUGCCCUAUCAAUUAAGGAUUUAUCUGUGGCGAGAAGUUGCAUUCCAACCAAAGGAGAUAUUAGCAAAUGGAGUCAUCUGAAUGACGUACAUAUUCCCGAAUUGAAAAAUCCAGAGGUGACUCUUCUUAUUGGCACUGACGUACCAGAAGCUCAUUGGAAGAUGGAAGAACGACGCGGACGUAAAAAGGAGCCUUAUGCUAUACGAACACCGCUUGGGUGGUCAGUUGCAGGUCCCAUGGGAACAACGUCAGAAAGUGAAUUCAGUGCGUUCUUUGUUCGUGAAGAGGAUGAAUUCCUCGGCCGAACGGCAGAGAAGAUGUUUGAGAUGGAUUUCAGUGAAAGUACGUAUGGGCAGAGCCUCGGCAUGUCUUUAGAAGACAAGAAAGCACUGUCAAUAAUGGAAGAGUCUCUCAAAGUUGUGGAUAGUCAUUAUCAGCUCGAUUUACCCUUUCGUGAUAAGCUGGGCUUUCCCAACAACAGAGGUUUAGCCGAAAGAAGAUUACAUUCGCUUAAGGCAC